CCGGCGCCUGUUUGUGCUGCGGCGCUGGGGCCCGGGACGGCCCCGCCACCCCACCCCCGGGAGCCCAGAGCGGCCCCGGGAGAGUCCGAGGCCGGGACGGGCCCUGGAGACCGCGGCCCCGGCCCCACAGCGCCCCCUCCAGGCCCUUUCCCCGCACCCGACAGCGCCCCCGGGGGGUGGCACGGCACCCCAGCGCGCGCGUCCCGGGGUGCUUCCCCUUCCCCUCUCCCCGGCCAUGGCCCCCGCGGCUUAGACGCCUCCGCCGCCGCCGCUCGGAGCAACCCGGGGGCCGGAUGGACGGGGCCGCGGGGCCCGGUGAGGGCCCUGCUCAGGAGGGCCUGCAGUCCUUGAGCCGGAGGCUUCGGGUGCAGGAGGAGGAGAUGGAGUUGGUAAAGGCAGCCCUGGCAGAAGCCCUUCGCCUGCUGCGGCUGCAGGGCGCCCCCAGCUCCCUGCAGGGCUCUGGUGCACCAGCUCCUGCAAGGGCCAGCAGCCCUGCGGCGCCCCCAGGGCUGCCGCCCACAUGCAGCCCAUCCUUGGUGAGCCGGGGCACCCAGACGGACAUGGAGGUGGAGAUGGAGCCGUCCCCUGGACCCCCUGGCCUGAGCAACGGGCCCCCAGUCCCUCAGGGAGGCAGCGAGGAGCCCAGUUGGACCCAGUCUGAGGGAGGGGGCAGCAGCAGCAGUGGUGCUGGCUCCCCUGGCCCCCCUGGGAUCCUCAGGCCUGUGCAGCCCCCACCACGCGCUGACACGCCCCGGAGAAACUCUUCCUCGUCUUCCUCCCCCUCCGAGCGGCCUCGGCAGAAACUGUCCAGGAAGGCGGCUUCCUCGGCUAACCUGUUACUGCGGUCAGGGAGCACGGAGAGCCGUGGUGGGAAAGACCCCUUGUCCAGCCCUGGGGGUCCUGGAUCCCGGAGGAGCAAUUACAAUUUGGAAGGCAUCUCAGUGAAGAUGUUCCUUCGUGGCCGGCCCAUUACCAUGUACAUCCCGUCUGGCAUCCGCAGCCUUGAGGAGCUGCCCAGCGGCCCACCCCCAGAGACCCUUAGCCUUGACUGGGUGUAUGGGUAUAGGGGUCGGGACUCCCGCUCUAACCUGUUUGUGCUGCGCUCCGGGGAGGUGGUCUACUUUAUCGCCUGUGUGGUGGUGCUGUACCGGCCUGGGGGAGGCCCAGGGGGUCCUGGAGGUGGUGGCCAGAGACAUUACCGGGGACACACGGACUGCGUUCGCUGCCUUGCCGUUCACCCUGAUGGCGUUCGGGUAGCCUCGGGACAGACAGCUGGAGUGGAUAAGGAUGGGAAGCCCCUGCAGCCUGUGGUUCACGUCUGGGACUCAGAGACGCUGCUGAAGCUGCAGGAGAUUGGACUGGGGGCCUUCGAGAGGGGUGUGGGGGCCCUGGCCUUCUCCGCUGCGGAUCAGGGUGCUUUUCUUUGUGUUGUGGAUGAUUCCAACGAGCACAUGCUGUCGGUGUGGGACUGCAGCCGCGGAAUGAAACUGGCUGAGAUCAAGAGCACAAAUGAGUCAGUCCUGGCGGUUGGCUUCAGCCCUCGUGACAGCAGCUGCAUUGUAACCAGUGGGAAAUCUCAUGUCCACUUCUGGAACUGGAGUGGUGCAGCAGGGGUUCCUGCAAAUGGGACCCUCGCCCGGAAACAGGGUGUCUUUGGGAAAUACAAGAAACCCAAGUUUAUCUCUUGCUUUGUGUUCCUCCCGGAUGGAGACAUUCUCACUGGAGACUCAGAAGGGAACAUUCUCACCUGGGGACGGAGCCUCUCAGACUCCAAGACCCCAGGCAGGGGAGGGGCCAAAGAGACCUACGGGAUCGUGGCCCAGGCCCAUGCUCACGAAGGCUCCAUCUUUGCCCUGUGUCUGCUGCGAGAUGGGACGGUGCUAAGUGGUGGUGGACGGGACCGCCGGCUGGUGCAGUGGGGGCCUGGGUUGGUGGCCCUCCAGGAGGCCGAGAUCCCAGAACACUUUGGGGCCGUGCGGGCCAUUGCUGAAGGUCUGGGCUCUGAGCUGCUUGUGGGAACCACGAAGAAUGCAUUGCUGAGGGGAGAUCUGACCCAGGGCUUCUCCCCUGUCAUACAGGGCCACACGGAUGAGCUCUGGGGGCUCUGCACACAUCCCUCCCAGAACCGCUUCCUCACCUGUGGCCAUGACCGGCAGCUCUGCCUGUGGGACGGGGAGGGCCAUGCGCUGGCCUGGAGCAUCGACCUCAAGGAGACUGGACUCUGUGCUGACUUCCACCCGAGUGGGGCAGUUGUGGCCGUAGGACUGAACACGGGCAGGUGGUUGGUUUUGGACACAGAGACCAGAGAGAUCGUUUCUGACGUCACUGAUGGCAACGAGCAACUCUCGGUGGUCCGGUACAGCCCAGAUGGGUUGUACCUGGCCGUGGGUUCCCAUGACAACAUGAUCUACAUCUAUAGCGUUUCCAGUGAUGGUGCCAAGUCUAGCCGCUUUGGCCGCUGUGUGGGUCACUCCAGCUUUAUCACCCACCUUGACUGGUCCAAGGAUGGGAACUUCAUCAUGUCCAAUUCCGGAGACUAUGAGAUUCUUUACUGGGACGUGGCUGGAGGCUGCAAGCUGCUGAGGAAUCGCUAUGAGAGCCGAGACAGGGAAUGGGCCACCUACACUUGCGUGCUGGGCUUCCACGUGUACGUACCCGUGCGCGCGCGCCAAGGCGCCGAGCCGCGUGUACGGGGGCCACGGCAGCCACGUGACCAGCGUCCGGUUCACGCACGACGACUCGUACCUCGUCUCACUAGGCGGCAAGGACGCCAGCAUCUUCCAGUGGCGCGUGCUGGGCGCUGGGGGCGCGGGGCCGGCGGCCGCCACGCCCUCCCGGACCCCGUCCCUGUCCCCCGCCUCCUCUCUGGACGUCUGAUCGCUGCCGGACAGGACCGACUGGCCGGCCCCUUUUCCUCGACUUCGAGACAUUCCCAAGUGCGCAUCUCCCCGGGGGGCGAUCGCCCCUGCACACACUGUAGGGACCCGCUGGCCGAGCCGGGCCGCCCCAGCCUGGGUCCUGACUCCUGCUGCCUGCUGAGGGGCAAUAAACCAAAACCAGAGUCGCCUCCCUGUGCUUUUGUGGGGCGCAGCUGGGUGCCCUAGGGACCCCGAGGGGUGGGAUGGAGGCGAAGAGGAGUGUGGAAAGCGCCGGUAGGCCGUUCAUGCAAAUGGUAGGCAAAGCUGUUUGCAGACCGCCCGGCGAAGCGCGAGGGCGCGCGCGCCUUGCGGGACGUCAGGCGGA